UGACGUCAGCACUUCCUGCUCGCGCAGGUAUGUCGCUAAUCGGUAUCGGACACACCUCACCUGAAGCUCGGGAUCUGACUGGCGCUGUUUUCCUCGGAAUCGACGACGCAUUUCCAUCGAAACUGCUUUAAACGACGGUUUAUGUCUGGCUAAUGUCACGAGGAGGACACGAACCCUCGUAGAGUUGUUUAAUAGAUUGGUCUUGAAUCAUUAAUACAGGGAUUUUACUGGAGGUUUUGUUCGUUUGGAGAAUGACUCCAUCUCGGCUCUGGCUCUUCUGGACCGCGGUGGUUCUUCACAUCUGUCUCCGUGCAGCUCCAUCAGAGGCUCAGGAUGAAGGGAAAUGCAUGGAUAAGUUCAGUCUUGGCAAAGAGGAUUUUGUGUUGGACACAGAUGAAUCUGUGAAGGACGGGGCCACGUUCCUGUCUUCUCCUCAAGUGUCUCGGCCUGAAGAAUGUAUUCUGGCCUGUUGUCUUGAUCCAAACUGUAAUCUGGCUUUGAUGGAACAUGGAGAAAAUCCCAAAAGCAUCCGCGCAUGCUUCAUCUUUAACUGUUUGUACAAACAGAAGAAAGUCUGUCACUUUGUGAAGAAGAAGGGCUUCAGCAACUACGUUCUGUUAUCUGUUUUUAAAGAUUACCUUGACCAACAACUUUCAGAUGUGGAGGACAAACCUCCAGUCGCAGACGCCGGGCAGGACAGAGUCGUUCAGCCCAAUGAAGAUGUGAUUCUGAACGGCAUUGAGAGCAAAGACGAUAAAAAGAUUGUAAAAUAUGAGUGGGAACAGGUGUCUGGAGACCCAUCAUCAGUUCUGAAAAAAGGGCCUUUUGAGGAUUCAGUGACGGUCUCCGAUCUUUCUCCGGGGAUGUAUAAGUUCAGACUCACGGUCACAGAUGAGGCUGGUCAGACAGGAUCGGCCGAGGUGUCCAUUUUGGUCCUAACUCCAGAACAGACACUCCAUCACUGUCUGGUGCCGAAGAAGGAGGGUCCAUGUCGAGGCUCUUUUCCUCGUUGGCACUACAACGCCGCCACAGAAAAAUGUGAGCAGUUCAAGUUUGGAGGCUGCAAACCAAACCGCAACAACUACCUGGUGCUCAACGAAUGCAUGAACGCUUGCGACAAAGUUUCAGCUUCGGCUAAGCCACCGUCUGGAAGAUUAGGUCCGGUCCCCGAUAAUAGUGAGAUUUGUGACGUGGUUUGUGGUCCAGAUCAUUUCUCGUGUUCAAAUAAUUGCUGCAUUCAGAAAGGGUUGGAGUGUGACGGAGAAGCGCAGUGCAACGACGGUUCGGAUGAGACUGAGUGCUCCAAACUGGUCGAAGAGCUUGACCAUUUGAUUAAUAUUCCUAUGGACAAAACCAAAGCUCAUUGCGUGGAGCCUCCAGUAACGGGAAAAUGUCGCGCAAGUUUCACUAAAUGGUAUUACAAUCCAUAUGAACGGCGCUGUCACCGCUUUAACUACGGUGGCUGUGAUGGGAAUGGAAACCGCUUCGAAACGGAGGCGUGGUGCAUGCGUUCGUGCAAAGGAGUGUCUGAGUCUGACGCGUUUCCCAGACGAUCUCAGUUUGAGAAGCAAGAAAGCAGCAGUGAAACAACUGCCAUCGUGAUCGCCAUCAUCCUGGGCUUCGCCAUCGCCGUCCUGCUGGUGGUUAUCGCAUGCUGCCUGCUGAAGGGGAAGAAGAAAAACAAACAUCAGCAUGUGGCUGUCAACGGCGGUCACGUUCACACCUACGAUUAUUCAGAGAAACUCGUCUACAACAGCACGACCAAACCCAUCUGAGCAUCACCUCGGUUUAACAGGACAUCUAUCUUACUGCUGCGGCAUGCUGUGAAAAUAAAUAUGUAUAUGCAAUAAUUAUUUGAUUUAUUAGACCCGCUGGUAUCUGCAGAAAGGUCAUUAGAUUUGCUUGAUUUAAGUUUGAAACAACUUU